AUGACAGAGACUUAUGGCUAUCACGACAAGGCGAGGCCUUUAGAUGAUGAUGAUUUAGGAACUGCAUCAGAAUUUAUUUGGACCAAUAAGCGAAAACUUGCGUUGUUGAAUAUGAUGAUAGAAUGCGCAGAAACCUAUUGGUUAGUUUUGCAUAUGAGUAUGCUUUUGAUUCAGUUUCAUCUCAGUGAACGUCUUAAAACGAAUGUUUAUACUACAGUAAUAUGGGAUUAUCUUAAUACAUAUUAAAAUAUUCAUGAAGCUAUCCAACAAAAAAGAAAGAAAAGAGUACAAUAUACUAGAGAUCAUUUACGGAAUGUUCAGACAUGACUGGCGGCAAACCAGGAAAUGUUCCACAAGACCGCUGGAAUAGAGAAGUACAUUUAACACAAUAGUUUAGUAGUCAUAAGUCUCCAUAUUAUAAAUUAUCAAAUUGAUAGUUAAAUUAUAUACAGCUGAUGGCACCUGUUAUUAACGUUUAGGUUAUAAACAAAAUUAUUAGUUCUGAUGUAUAACUAACUAAACGCAUACAUUUUUAAAUGGUUGGAUUUUUUUCUAUUUCUGGAUUUAGAAUGCUUUUCGAUUCCUUAAAUUUUUUCCACACCAUAGGUUAUUCAAUUUGUAUUAGACUGAAAACAAGAUUUUUUAGAAAAAAAUGUUGGUAUUUUUCAUCAGCAUUAGGUUAACAAUACAAAUCUUACUCCAUUUUCAAUUAAUCUAGUUGUUUAAAAAAUAUAUUUUGCCCUCAAUAUUUCAAACAUUCAUCUGAAUUUAUUUGCCUUAAUAAUCUGGACCAAGUUCUUAACCAUAUUAGUGACAAACUAAAUAGUAAAAUGAUAAAUGUAGUUGCUUCCAAAGAAAACUAUAUUUUUACAUUUAAAAACUAAGUAGAACUCAGAAAUCUGAAUAUUCUAGAGGCUAAUGCAUAUGCUUAUGUAUGCAGAUAUUUAAUGAAAACCUAUUGACAAACAAUUUCUCUUAUAUUUUUAAAAAAAAAUAUCAUUCAUAUAAUAAGAAUUAUU